GACUAUAAAACAGAGGUGGUUCUCAGAGCAGGAAUCAGACAUGAAGAUGAAGGCUCUGGUGAGAUCUCUCCUCUUGCUCGCUGUGGCUAACCUGCUGGUCAGAGGUCAGACCCAGACUGAGACCAGGUAUGAAGACAUCAUCACAGCUGCUUCAAAUCAGCUGCUUCCUGUGAAAGAGCAGGCUUUCCAUCCGCUUCUGAACCAGCUGGAAGUCGAGACUUUGAAUACAGAGGAUGUGGACCAGUCUGAGGUGUCUGUAAGGUUGAGCUUCCUGCAGGAGACGCUCUGCAGUAAGGCACAGGGGCAGCGAGGCCAACCAUGCCCUCUGAAGAAAAAUGGGAAACGAAUGAUGUGCAGCAUGGAGGUCAGACAUCCGAUUCUGGAGACUGGCAACACCCUCAACACUGACCGGUCUGACAUUUCUUGUGAAUACAUGGAGGCAGAAGUUCAGAAGAUUCGGACAAGAAGAGGCAAGGACAACGGAGGCUCUAGGAGCUCUAAGAUGGGUAGAAAAGAUUCCAAGGGGGGUUGGAGAGGUCGUCCUGGGAGUGGCUCUCGUCCUGGGGUUGGCUCCGCCAUUGCUGGAGCUAGCGGAGUAAACCAUGUUGGAACUCUCACUGCAUAGAACAGCACAACACACCCUUUGGAUAACUGCAAGAUAUCUCACCAAUCAAAGAAACUUCAAAAGCACUCAAAGUUGUGGUUAAUGGGUGAACAUGCAACCUUGAGCUUCUUUAAAAAAAUGCUUCUGGUAACUCUUUUGUCUACAUUAGGAAUUGUUUUGUAUUUUGUAGCUAUCAUUGUUUGUAAUAAUGUACCUAAUCUUACAUGCCAAUCUUUGAAUUUUAACUAGGGAAAAUUAUUUCCAGUUCAUGAUUACUGCACUAAUAAACUGCAAAAUAAGUUUUCAAAAGA